AUGAUAAGGGAAAAAGUUUGGCUAAAGAUGGAGCAAUUGUAAAAAAGACAAAGAGAAGACAAGUUUUAGUUAAAGAGAAAAUUCCAAUAUCCAAUUCAAUAAGUUCUGGAUGAAAUCAUACAGGAUAAAAGCUUGAUUAUCGAUUUACUCUACAGCAAUCAAAAAUUGACUGAAAAAACAUUAAACUAUGGAAUUAUUGAUUGUCUUCUCAGCAAUUGCAAUUCGAAUAAGGCAUGCCUCUAAUUAUUGGCCUUAAUUAUUUUGAGAGAUAAGAAUAAUUUAAUAUAAGAGUACCUGCAAGACAAAGAGAUCACUUGUUAAACAAUUAAGCAAUUAAUCUCUUUGAAUAGACAUUGAUUUUUAAUAAUUUCUGUUUGUAAACUGAAAAUUUAACUAAUUUUAUUCCAAAAA